CUAACGUCCGCUUCUAACGCCUGACACCCGGAAGCGUUGUCCCAAAGUCACGAUGGCCUGCCGGGACGAGUUUGAGGAGCUGCUGUUUUACGUGGUCGAGUUGAAGGACAAGUUGAACGCUAAGUUGGACGAGCAGUGCGCCAAAAUCAAUCAGCAGGCGGCGAUCGUCAACCAGCAGGGCCAGAUCAUCGACGAGCUGUGCUGGCAGCUGCGGGAGCUGAGCGAGAAGACCCGUGAGUUGAGGGCGGAGAACCGGGUGCUGCGGGGCCGGGUUGACGCGUUCGGGAGUGGCCACUGCCAGUGCCAGGAGGGGGACGCCGGAACGUACCAGAAUCACGUCGUCGAGCGGUACAAUGAGUUGGUUGAGGGUGGAGGGGGUCGGAAGAACGGCAAGGUGAAACCCGAGCCGAAGGUCGUCGAGUACGCGCAGGUUGACAAGGUCACGCCAAGAAGGUGGCCCUUCGGUGGCAACAAUCAAAAGAGCACAACCCUCAACGUCUCGGAGCCGGAACUGAACGCGACCAGCAGCGGCAACACGACCUGGUACCUGGACGUGGAAAGCAUCUACGAGCCGAUCCAACUCUCGGCAAAGCCCAGCACGGCGGCCAAACUGGAGCAAAUUUCGGCGGAAGUGUCGACCAGCCUGGUGGUAGUUCCGAAGCCGGCCCCCAGGCGGCUCUACCCGACGCGGGCGAUGGAGAAUUUGGCCGAGUAUUUCGGCGAGAUUGGAAGUCGCAAUACGGUCACGUUGGGCGAUUCCGUCGCGGAUGCGGUGCUGUUGAGGGAGGAGGGCAGGUUCGGUGGGAGGUUUGGGGCGUUGGAGGAGAGAACGGAGCGGCAGCUGGAGGAUGGCAAGGUGGUGCCUUGCAGUCGGUUGGAGGUGAGUCAGCGGCUGGUGGAAUUUGCGAGCGCGCGUGCGAAAGUGCAACUUGGACAAAAUCAGCCUGCCCAGCGAGCAGUACCUCACGGCGGACAAUUUGGUACGAUUCACGGUCAACAGUCGACCGGCGACGAUGGCUCCGACCGCCGCCGACAAAUCCACCGUAGACCAUCGUCGACACGCCAUUCGGUCCUACAUUUGAUGCCAUUUUCUAAGUGUUAACUUGUAAGUGAUUGUUAGAUUUAAAUUGAAUUUUUUUUUUAUAAAAUAAUUAUCGAAAUAUGUACCUGCUGCUAAGCAUAUCACCAAAUAAAAUAGACAUUUUAUUGCAAAA